AUGUUCAAGGUCUGGAGAAUCUCGAACAUUCAUAACUCCACGAAUCACAAACUUUUGAAGAAUAUUCGAAAUAUGACGUAUAAGGGCUUUAUAUCACCAGAAAAGGUUGUUGCACCCGUGAAUCGAAACCCCAAAUCCCUGGACAGAGAUUCUUUCACAUCGUCAUUUGAUGUCUGGACAGUUCUUUUCCCGGAGGUUGCCCAGAUGGGAAAAUUUGUGAAGCAAUUCAAGAAAGAUACUGUUCAGAUAAAUCGACUCCCUUUUCUGUUCAAGCUUACAGAAUCGGAGCACAAUCUAACACAACUGCCCCAGAACCCUCAAUUCAAAGCAAUAGCUUUGAAUUACAAAAUACAGGCAUUUGAAGAUAUUGAUAGAAUUCUGUCGCCGCCUGCUCUAGAAUUUAUCAAAGAAAACGGUGGACAAUUCUACAAACAUAGAUUUGAACUUGGCUAUGACUUCUGGAAGCCUGAGGAAAUCCUCCAAAGCGUUCUCCCAGAAAAUCUUCUAAGUGAGGCUCCAAGCUCAUUUACUAAGACAGGGCACAUUGCUCAUCUCAAUUUGAGAGAUGAAUAUAAGCCUUAUGACAAUAUCAUCGGUCAAGUGAUUCUUGACAAGAAUCCAUGUAUAAAAACGGUGGUGGAUAAAAUGCAAUCAAUUGAUACCCAGUUCAGGACAUUCCAAAUGAGAGUCAUUGCUGGAGAGAACAACUUACAAGUCGAGCACAGAGAGGGCGGUUGCGUAUUCAACUUUGAUUUUAGCAAGGUUUAUUGGAACUCCAGAUUAUCGACAGAGCAUAGCCGGCUGGUGAACCUAUUUAAAGCAGACGAAGCCAUUUGUGAUGUCAUGGCUGGCGUUGGUCCUUUUGCAAUUCCACAAGCUAAAAAGAACUCGAUUGUAUUCGCCAACGAUCUCAACCCUGAAGGCUACAAGUAUCUGACUUCCAAUGUCAAAAAGAACAAGGUCGAGAAGUUUGUUACUUGUUUCAACAAAGAUGGCCGGCAGUUAAUCAAAGAAUCACCUAGACUACUCUUGGACUAUGCUAGGAGGGAGGAUCACAUUGAAGUUAUGACAGUGAACCACAAGGGCGCCAAAAAGCAUAGAAUUGAUAAAAUCAACAUUCCUUACUUUUUCUCGCACUACAUUAUGAAUUUGCCUGACUCCGCAAUGACAUUCGUCAACUCAUACAUUGGUCUGUAUACAAACUUUGAGCCCGAACUUUCCAAAGAUGAGGUGAAGCAGCUGGCCGGUUACAAACUUCCGACUAUCCAUGUCCACCAUUUUGAAAAAUUCUCAAGCACGGAACAGCCAGCUCCUUCAGAUGAAGAAUUAAAGCAUCGAGCACAUUUGAAAGUCGUCUCUCAGCUGGAAUAUGAUAUACCUUACGAAGAUCUUUCGUUCCAUUACGUGCGUUUGGUUGCACCGACAAAACCUAUGUUCUGCAUCUCUUUCACUCUUCCAGAAGAAGUUGCUUUUAGAAAGAAGCAAACAUAA